CCUCUCCUUCCUGCUUCGGCCGGACGGAGCUUGGCUGGUUUGGCGAUGCAGCCUUUGGCUUUUGCUUAACAAGGUCUUGAAGAUCGCGGGAAUUCUUCGGUCGCUGGUUUGCUCUAGACGGCAGAAGGUCUCGGGCAGCCGAGAUGAGUAAAAUCCAGAAGUUUUUCAAAGGCGGCGGGGGCGGGGGCUUCUCCAAAGGGAAAGGCAAGGGCGGCCCCUCUCCCCAGGAAGCCCUGGCCCGGCUCCGGGAGACGGAGGAGAUGCUGACCAAGAAGCAGGAGUACCUGGAGGCCAGGAUCGCCAAGGAGCUGGCCCUGGCCAAGAAGCACGGCACCCGCGACAAGAGAGCUGCACUACAGGCACUUAAGAGGAAAAAAAGAUAUGAGAAACAGUUGACGCAAAUCGAUGGGACGCUUUCUACUAUUGAAUUUCAACGUGAAGCACUUGAGAAUUCCUAUACCAACACAGAAGUGUUCAAGAAUAUGGGCUAUGCAGCCCAAGCUAUGAAAAAAGUACAUGAAAAUAUGGACUUGGACAAAAUUGAUGACAUGAUGCAAGAUAUCACUGAACAGCAAGAUAUUGCUCAGGAAAUUACAGAAGCUCUUACAAGAAAAUUGGGUGAUGACUUUGAUGAGGAUGAGCUCUUGGCAGAACUGGAAGAACUUGAACAAGAAGAACUCAAUAGUAAAAUGACCAAUGUCCGAUUACCAAGUGUACCAGCUACUCCAUUGCCUACCCAUCCUGCAUCUUCAAAGAAGAGAGUGGAAGACGAUGAUGAUAUGAAGCAUUUGGCAGCAUGGGCGUCUUAACAUUGGUUCAGUGGAUGCCAUGGCAGGACCUCGUGAAUUGUGUUUGGUUGGGUCUCGUACAGACCAGGAUUGGCCCUUGGUGGGCUUUUGUAGGGUUUGUGUAAUAUAUACAUAUACAUAUAUUAUAUAUUUUGAAGAACUCACAUUAUUCAAGACCUGUUGUUUUGAAAAUGCUCUUUAUCACUCAAAGAUAGCCUCACCUCUUUUUAAAAAUGCAUACAUAGAAGAAAUGGAAUAUUUUUACAUCACAGAUAACAAUUGAUUAGGUAGUGAGUUUCUAUGCAGUAUUAUCCUGUGACAUGGAAGCUGUAUGUGGAUAUGACCUAAAUUGCAUUAAGGCAAAUUAGUGCUGUGAGUUUAUUUGUGCAACUCUCACAGGCUGCUGCUAUUCACUUUAGCCUAUACUAACUUUUAGAGAGGACAUGAAGGAUUAAACAUUUUCUGCAAAAGAUAGCACAGCAAUGGUUAGUGAAAUCUUCUUUCCUAGAAAUUUCCAAAAUAUAUUUGGAUUGCUGGGAAUAUGAAGCUGGUAGCAUUCACUAACUUCUGUUCAAACCCUGCAACCAUUUUCUUUACUUUAGGGAGGGGUUCCCCUUCACAUGACUACUUGCUUGCUUGCUUAGGUCUGAGCAUGGGGGAAAAAAUGAACACAUGUGUGGUGCCUUGAAGAUCAAAACUGCAAUAGUAAUCCAUAAACUUUCUGGGUCUUUGUCUGGAAAGCUGCUGUGGGCUGAAGGUCUCCUUGCAAAAAUAAGAUUUGCAAUCAGAAAAACAUCACUCAUCCGUAGCUUGCUAAAAGCUCUGUUGAGCAAUGCUACCUGUGAUGUUUCCACAUGUCAUUAUGCCUUGAAGCAAGGUGUUUAAGCGUCAUGUCAGAAUUGGUGCACUUUUUUUUUCCCUCUGAGAAGCUUCGUAGUUGGGGCCAUCAAUGAUCUCAACCUGAAAAUGAAGGUGUUCAUUCCCUCUUUACUAGUCCUAGCAGGGAAAAAUCCUAAAUAACAAGGAUCUAUUCUCUGGAAACUUCUCCACCCAUACACAUUUCCUGACCUGACUGGUGUGAUCCUGAAGGGCUUUGGUAAUGACAAAUCAUUAGCCUCUCAUCCCCCAAUUUCCUCACCGAUCUCUCUUUAGUUCUGCUCAAUAAUAUAGCUUAUUUCAUCAGGAGCUGAGUGUAUAUAUAUAAAAAAUAGCUGAAGCUUAGGCUAAGGCCAGUAGACCAAAUAUAAAGCACUGUGCAGUCUAAAAUGCAGGGUGCAAUGUAUCUUUUUGAAAGGUAGACCAGUUGUCCCUCCACAUUUGCAGUUUUGACCUUUGUGGAUUUGAUUAUUCAUGAAUUUGAGUAAAAUGUUCUAAGAAACAGUAGGUCUUCCAGUGGAAAAUAACUAUAAAGUCAUUCUGAAAGACCUAGAAAUUCCUAGAGGUAUUCUCUCAGGUAAAUGUUUUGUCACUUUCAUGUAAGUUCUGUGCCCCCAACCCCAGUGAAUAUACCAACUGGAUUAAUUCAGUUUUAAUAAAAGUAAUGGUGGGAGCAGGUCUACUAUUAGGCAGAGCGAGACCCGUCCUUCAGGUGGAAAGUAGGGGCCAAAAACCAGUUUAGCAGGAGCUUCUUGUCCAUUGCACUUAUGGAGGAACAUACCAUUCCAUUGCUAGUAUUGAAGGAAAAUUCAGCUCUCAGUGCAAAUGUACAUGGAACUGAGGGGGAAGUGCCAUUUAGUCAUCUCCACAAGAGACAAAACAGCUUGGUUUGUCCCUGUCUCAUUUGGAGUGCCAGAGUGUCACAGAGUUGGAAGAGGAAUCACAGGAUCCAUUCAGUGCCUUGCAGAAAUAUACAACCAAAACACUCCCAAUAGGAAGCCAUCUAACUUCUGUUUAAAUAACCAAUUUUCUAACAAAAUGCUCCUUGUAUGUUGUGGCUCUGAUUUUAGUGCUAUAAGCUAGUAUUCUUGGUACAGAAUAAUGAUAGCCCUAAAUGCUUGCAGGAAUAUAUCAAAAUUUCACAUAAGGAUAGUGAUUACCUGUAAGUUUUCAUUUCAUUGAGACAUUUUUAAAAAUCAUGUAGAAUAGUUCAAAUGGUUAAGAUCAGGAUGCAUGAUCUUACUGGAUUGGACUGGAUGCCAACAUGUGUUUCAGAAGAGUGUGAUACACAAACCAAUAAAUACUUUUUGGAAUACACAUUCCCUACUAUAGCUUAUAUGUGGUUACAUAUGAUUGUUUUCAUAUUUAUCUGCCAUUUUCUAUACUUUUAUAGAUUCAAAUGAUGCUGUAGGAAGCAACUAUUCUGUUGGAUCUAUUUCCUACCCCUUGGGUUUUGAAGCUUGUAUCUAUCCCCAUAUAGGAUUCCAUAGGCCUAAUAUACAGUACAAGUAUACAGGUUGGGGAUCCCUUAUCUAGAACUACAAAAUCCAAAAUUACCCACAUGAGUAGUUGAGAUAGUGACAUGUUUGUUUAUUCAUGGUUCAAUGUAUACAAAUGUUGUUUCAUGCACAAAAUUAUUUUUAAUGUAUGAAAUUACCUUUAGGCUAUGUGUAAUAAGAUGUAUAUGAAGCAUCAAUAAAUUUCAUGUUUAAACUUGGGUCCCAUCUCCAAGCUAUCUCAUAUAUAUACAAAUAUGGGUAUUACAAAAUAAAAUAAAAAUCCAACACCUAAAAAAUUUCUAGUCCUGUCCUUUUGGAUAAGGAAUACUCAACCUGUAAUAAUUAUGCAUGUAAUAUGCUGCAAUAUACCAAAUUAUGCUUCUGGUGGCAGCCGUUCUAACUGUUUUUCAAAUUGUUUGGAGAAAUGGGGAGAUAGUGAUGGAUUGAGAGCUCUGCGUGUGUGCAGGUAUUUGAAUCAUUGUUCAGUGCAUCUUUCAGCUUAUGUACUGCUUAUAAGCUUACCCGUGAGUUUGGAUAUAGACAGAGUAAGAUAUUGAUAUCUCCUGUAAAACAAUGUUUUGUAAACCUAUUAUCAAAAUCAGGCCAAGACAUAUUGCUACAGAAGAAAAAAUACAAGAGAGCACCCUCCACUUCCUCCAUGAACAGAGACUCUCCAGAGACACAAUAAGUAUAGCAAUGCUGAUGGGAUAACAUGUUCUAUUACACUGGAGGGUAACAAACUAGAAAAGCGUUGUCGAAGGCUUUCUUGGCCGGAAUCACUGGGUUGCUGUGAGUUUUCUGGACUGUAUGGCCAUGUUCCAGAAGCAUUCUCUCCUGACCUUUCACCCACAUCUAUGGCAGGCAUACUCAAGAGUUUGUGAGGUCUGUUGAAAACUAGGCAAGUGGGGUGUAUAUAUCUGGAAUGUCCAGGGAAGGAGAAAGAACUCUUGUCUGUUUGAGGCGAGGGUAAAUGUUGCAAUUGGCCAUCUUAAUUAGCAUUGAAUGGCCUUGCAGCUUCAAAAUCUGGCUGCUUCUUGCCUGAGGGAAUCAUUUGUUGGGAGGUGUUAGCUGGCCUGUUUGAUUCAUAUCAGGAAUUCCCCUGUGGGUGAAACGUCAGAAGAGAAUGCUUUUGGAACGUGGGCAUACAUCCCGGAAAACUCACAGCAACCCAAACAAGAUAGGGACACACAUGGCACAUCCCUGUAUUUGCUUCAUGAAAUAGCUGCCCUUGACACUAAUCGCAGGGCCAACCCUGUGGAUACAAAGGGUAAGUGAAAAUCCUAUUUGCCCAAACCAUCUGCUGUAAUUUACAUAGAAUCAAUGCACAUUUUAAUUUACUGUCUUUCUGAACCUUUCUAAUGAUUUUUUUUUAAAAAAAAUAAAAUUUGACUAGAAUCCAUCAUUUGUAAAGAAUUUCAAGACUUGUGUGGAUUAUUUUUGUACAUUGGAUGUAAUUUUUUUGGAUUACCUGUGAAAUGUUAAUAAAAACUUUCAAAACA